AUGUCUAAUGACCAUAUAGAGCCUGUGUUAGCUCUUUCAUCUGGUAUUCAGCAUAUGACACAGCAUAUGGUUCAAAAUGCCAAGUCUCUUUUGUCAAUUCUUUCUUGUAGCAAAAAGACACCUUUCAGUUGUAAGGAGACAGUAAAUAUUCCAGUACUUUUAGAAGAGCAAAUGACAUUCUCAUUUCAUUUCGGUGCCACUUCAAAUGAUGGCUCACACCUUCGUCGGCAACUGACGGCAUUUCAAUCUGCUGAUCUGUCUGUAUUUGAAACCAAUAUCCGCUUCCUUGGCGGCUUCCUCUCGGCCUAUGCUCUAACUGGCGAUAAGAUGUUCAAAGAAAAAGCCAUAGACGUCGGAAACAAACUGCUCCCAGCAUUUGAUACCCCGACCGGUAUACCUCAGUCCAUGAUCAACCUUAAAACUGGUGGCUCUCACAACUGGGGAUGGGCCUCUGGUGGUUGCUCAAUAUUGGCAGAGUUUGGUUCUAUCCACUUGGAAUUCAUAUACUUGUCUAAUAUCACAGGCAACAAAAUUUAUGAACAAAAGGUUAUGAAAAUCCGAGAAACUUUACAGCAAUUAAAACGCCCACAGGGACUGUAUCCUAUCUACCUUAAUCCCAGAACAGGAAAAUGGGGGCAGCACCUCUUCUCAGUCGGAGCAAUGGGCGACAGCUUCUAUGAAUACUUGCUGAAAACCUGGCUCUACACAGGAAAGAAAGACACGGUUGCACGACAGAUGUACGACGAAGCCGUUAUGCCUGAAGGUAUGAUUUGUUAUUUUUCAUUUUGUAGGGUAAAUUCUCUAUAUGUGUAUGCUUUUGUAUACGUGUGUCUGUACCCAGACAUUAAUUGCUUUGACUUCUUAAUUUCAGGGGGCAUGUUUGCACUUGGUGCUGAGGGUUCGUCUGACCCUAAAAAGUACAUUGCUCUUGGUGAAGAAAUAGCCAGAACAUGCCACGAAUCAUAUAACAGAUCAUCGACGAGACUUGGUCCAGAAGCUUUCCGCUUUGAAGGACACACAGAGGCAAAAGCCAUGCGCCAAAAUGAGAAAUAUUAUAUCUUAAGGCCAGAGGUUAUAGAAACAUACUUUUAUAUGUGGAGAUUUACGAAGAAUAAAAAGUACCGAGAAUGGGGCUGGGAUGCUGUCCAGUUGGAUAACUUGGCCAUGAAGGUUGAUCUCUGA